GGGGUUAUUUAUGGGGUGGGAAACGUCCAUAAAAGGUUCCGACAAGACCUUAAUUGGAGGACAUGGCCCAUGCUCAGCCGCGACACGGCGCCCUCUGGGAACGUCGAGAAUCUCUAUGGAGUCCAGACCUUCUUCCUGUGCUUGGAGGACACGUCGGGGGCGUCGCUGGGGGUCUUCCUCCUCAACAGCAACCCCAUGGAAUUCAUCGUUCAACCCACCCCGGCCGUGACCUAUAGAACUAUAGGGGGGAUCCUGGAUUUCUAUGUGUUAAUGGGGGACAGCCCCGAGCAGGUGGUGCAGGAGUAUGUCAAGCUGGUUGGGAUGCCGGUCAUGCCGUCCUAUUGGUCGCUGGGUUUCCAGCUCAGUCGAUACGAUUACGGUUCAUUGGACGAAGUCAAGACGGUGGUCGAACGGAACCGGGCCAUUGGGCUGCCCUAUGACGUUCAAUGCAUCGACAUCGACUCCAUGGACGGGAAGAAGGAUUUUACCUACGACAAAACGAAAUUCAGCGAAUUGCCCCAAUUCCGCCAUUAUUUACACCAAAAAGACCAGAAAUACGUCAUCAUCCUGGACGCCGCCAUCAGCACGGAGCCGCUGUCGGACGGGUCCCCCUAUGAGACCUAUAGGAGGGGCCAGAACCUCCACGUGUGGGUCAAUGAGUCCGACGGUGUCACCCCAUUGGUGGGAGAGGUCGGGACCCAUAUCCCCCCAUAUACCCCCUAUAUAUCCCC